AUGGAACAAAUGAAAUUUGGAACUAAAUGGAGACUUUGGAUUAGGGGAUGUUUGGAAUCAGCGAAAGCUUCUGUAAUAAUCAACGGGAGCCCAACAAUCGAAUUCCCUAUGACGAAAGGGGUUCAACAAUGCGACCCACUCUCUCCCUUCCUCUUUAUUAUUGCGAUGGAAGGGUUAAAUAUGGCAAUGAAGACGGCGGUUGAAAAAGGGGUUUUUGAAGGGAUAAGAUUCUCUAACUCUAACAUUUGCUUAUCUCAUCUGUUUUAUGCAGAUGAUGCACUUUUCAUUGGCGAAUGGUCGAGGCGUAACAUCGCUAAUCUGGCUCGAAUAUUGAGGUGUUUCCAUAUCGUGUCCGGACUAAAGGUGAAUUUUAACAAAUGCAAGGUAUUUGGGGUUGGUGCUCCGUCUCUUGAAGUUUUGCAUUGGUCAGCCCCUCUUGGAUGUGAACCAUCGUCUCUCCCGUUCACUUAUCUCGGUAUCCCAGUGGGGGACAAUAUGAAUUUGAAAAAAGCAUGGAGACCUAUAAUUGAAAAGUUCCGCUCCAAGCUUUCUUCUUGGAAAGCGAAAUCGCUUAGCUUUGGUGGGAGAGUAACUCUAGCAAAGGCGGUCUUGGGUCAUCUGCCAAGUUAUUUUAUGUCUAUCUUUAGGGUCCCGAAAGGUGUCAUUGAUACUCUCGAAAAAAUAAGAAGAACUUUCAUCUGGAGUAAGGAAUACAACAAAAAAGGUAUAAGUUGGGUUGGCUGGGACAAGAUUAUUGCACCAAAAAAAGUGGGUGGUAUCGGGUUAGGGUCGAUAUAUUCCUUGAACAUUUCUUUAUUAGCAAAAUGGUUGUGGCGACUAAAAUCGGAUAGUAGUGUAUUGUGGGCUAAAGUCAUUAGAGGUGUCCACAAUUUAGAUGAGAGACAUUGGUCUUGCUUCGCUAGUAGUACCAGUAAAGGAGUAUGGAAAAAUAUAACAAAAAUCAGGCCUUUGAUGAUGAAAGUUAACAUUCAUCCUAAGGAGAUUGUAUCAUGGAACUCGGAUAGUAAAUGUUGGGCAUCGGAAUUUAUGAUUGAUAAUAGAUUCUCUGUGAGUUUGAUAAGGGAUCGCUUUGAACUGGCAGGACAUAUUGUAUGCGACAGACCUUUUGACUGGAACAAAAUGAUCCCAUUCAAAAUUCUAUGUUUCAUAUGGAGAGCGAAACAGGGCAGAAUCCCUUUUGCAGUUGAACUUAAAUCCAGGGGGAUUAUUAUCCCCUCUACUGUUUGUAUUUCAUGUAAGCAAGAGGAGGAGACUAGUGAUCAUAUGUUGAUCACAUGCCAAUCGGUGAGGACCGUGAUGAAUGAAAUCCUUAACUGGUGUGUAAUCAGGUGUGAUAACUUUAAUUCAGUAAAAGACAUGUUGCUAUUUAUUUCGAGAUGGAGCAAAUGCAAAAAAAGGAGAAGUAUGUUGAACGUAAUUCUUUGUGGAGCUUUGUGGUGCAUUUGGAUCGAUAGGAACAAUAGGGUAUUCAAUAAUUUUCCUGUUGUUCCGACAAACACAGUAGAAAUGGUGAAAUCGUUAUCUUUCAUUUGGUGCAAGCACAGAGGGCCAUGUAAUAACAUUGAUUGGCGAAUUUUGAACUUAUGUCCGUAG